UGUUGCCCCCACUCUCGUGAUUUGUAGAGGCACGCCUGUAAGACACGUCUCCAUGCAAACGGCGCUUGCACCAUUUUCAACUCCCUUUCUCGGUUGCACUCGGGUCCCACGAGAAGGCAAGCCGUCUACAAUAAUGUGAGCCUAAUUCGCUCAUAAAGCAAAAAGACUGAUUGCCAAUUGCGAAAAUUAGGCCACCCCGAUUUUGAUGGGGAGGAAGAAAAGUUCAUGAAAAAAAAGCUGGAAGCAGGUUGGCACAUUUGUCAUGUGCGUACACAUUUUACACUCCCACAUUGAUGCAUCAAGUUCCCUAGCUAUAAGUGAUAAAUUCCAUAUAAAUAAUACAAAAUAAACAGUAGUCAGAAAUGCAGCACGUGAACACAGCUGGGUCCCCGAGUCCGCGUGCCAGGUUUGAGCGAAUACAACCAACUGUCAUCUACACAAUUUACAAAAUCAUUCUUAACCGAGGACUACGACUCAACAUGAUAAUUGACGACCACACCCCAGCAACAGACACUCCUAAAAUCCGUAAGAUCCCCAGUUGGCCCGGGAUCCCUAAGCAACGUCCCCAGGAGGCCCUCCAUGUAGAGCCCUGUGUGGCCCUGGGACAGCGUCUCCGCCCAUGCUACGGUCCCAGGGGCUUAGACAAAUCCCUUCUCUUCCGCUUCCCCCACGGCUUCUCCAGCUCCCCAGUCACCAGCCCUGACACCCUCUCCGUCCUAACCCACAUGGCUCUGGAGGACCCCUCCGCCCUCACCCUGGCCUCCGCAGCCUCUACCCAGGCCAGAGAGCACGGUGAUGGGGCAGGGAUGGUCCUCCUCCUGGCCGCCUCUCUCCUGACCCAGGCCAAGGACCUACUAACCCUGGGGGUGACUGGGGCUGAGAUCCAGGGGGGCUACCGCCAGGCGUGUGGCAGGGCCUUGGCUCUGUUAGAGGGGAUGGCCUGUGGGGCCCUGAAGGACCCCAGGGAGGAGCUGGAUGUGAGGGCCAUCCUGGGACCCUUCCUCUCCUCCUGGCAGCCAGGGUUCGAAGCCCUGCUGUCGGGGGUGGUGGCCCGGUGCUGUGUUCACAGCUGGAGACCCAUAACUUCUGGUGACCGAGGAGAGGUGUGGGAAGGAGUUACCUUUGACCCCAGCUGUGUCAGAGUGUGUACGGUGCUAGAGAAGGCUAUACCAGACCAGGGUUCAGAGACCGAGGAUGGACAGAUAGAAACAGAUGGAGAGGAGCUGAUACAGAUCACGGGAGAGGAGGAGAGGACUGGAGAUGAAGAAGUUCAGAUAAUGAAGGAGGAGGGGAAGGAAAAGGGGAAAGAGAUGGAGAGUGAAAGGACUGCAGAGGCUAGUGAAGUGGAGGAGGGAGAAAACGAGACAAACAUCAAUGAGGCACUCAGAGAGGAAGAAACAAAGGAAGAGUUAGAGAACCAAGUUAAACGGAGAAUAUGUCAGAAGAUGGAGGAUGCUAUGAAACAAAUGGAUGAUGAAGAAACGGAGGAUGAUGAAGGUAAGGAAGAAAAUACGUUUGACGACUGGGUGGAUCUGGGCCUGGAGAUAUGGAGAGCGAGGUCAGAAGGAGAAGGGGAGGUAUGGAGAGAGGGAGAGACUGAAGGAGAGACGGUGGAGCCAGAGGUUCAGAAGGUCAGAGGAGAGGAGAGGAACAGAAGUGACAGAAGAGGUCUGUAUGAGGUCUUGAUCCAUGGCAGCUUUGCCAAGCUCAUGUCCCGCUGCUCCACUCAGAGAAAGAUUUACAAGCAUAUCACCUUGGUCCGCUCUGCCCAGCGCAGGCGACGACUACACAGGCCUAAAGGGCAUCUGACAAGCCCAACAACCCACCACCACCACUCACUCAAAAAGACCCGCCAGUCACCCAGGAAAACCCCCACCAGUAUCCCUCUCUGGGCCAGCGUGGUGGUGGAGGAGCCCCUGGAGGAGGAGGCCUGCUGUAAGGUCACAGUGACUGUCCGUAGCCCAGACCAGGCCCUGCUGAUUAGCGCAGAGGCUGCUUUACGUGCCUCCCUGCGGGUUUACUGCUCCCUCCUAGCAGAGCCCAGGGUGGUCCCCGGGGCUGGAGCCUCUGAAGUGGGCUUGGCCACGGGGCUGACCCAGAAUGGGUUAACCCUGGUGGGCAUGGAGCAGCUGGCCGUCCAUGCCUUCGCCCAGGCCCUGCUGGAGCCAGUCAAAGCCCUGGGAGAGAAUGCAGGGACCCCCCCGGACCUGGCCGUGCUGAGAGGAUACAAACGACGAUGGAAGGGCAAGAUGGAUGGGACCAAGGGAGCGUAUCGAGGUGUGUUGGACAGGCUAGGGUGUAAGGCUAGUGCCAUAGAGAAAGCUACAAAGGCCUCACUAGCUGUCCUCACUGAACUCCUGAGCGAGAUAGCAACGGAGGAGGACAAGACCAAAAUCUUCUUCCCAGUUACCACAGAACAGGCAUGGCUCCCUUCACUGCCUCCAUAGACACUGCACAUACAAGACUUCUUCAGGGAUUCAGAAGUAGACGAUUAAAGUUUAGAUUCACCAAUAAAACAAACAUAAAGAAACCUGGUUCAGCUAAUAU